CAGUGAUCAUUGGCGGGCCGGUGGCCACUACAUUAUAUAAUAAUAAAUGGUGCCCUGUUUUCGUUGAAGUUGAAGAUUCUUGGGGAGUUGGGUUUUAGACUCUUCUGUGGAAGAGAUAAAAUGCUUUUCACUUUUUUCUUCAGUUUCUUUGAAUUUUGAUAAUCCCUUAUCUGAGGUGGAGGAUUCACCUAGAUACUGCUCUAAUGGAGUCCAAUUAUUUUUCGAUUGGAGAAAUUUCUUGAUUCCAUCUUCAGUGGCAUCGGGGCCGUUGUGAGUGACCAAGAGAUUUCUGAGAGUUUUGCUUUGAAUUUUGUGGAUUGGUUGGGAAAGUGAAAUACCCGGUGAUUCGUGACAGUUAAGGCUUACUUACAAGACGGCUGUUUACGUUUAUUUUCUCAUAAUUCUUCGUUGGGGCCAAGCUAUGGUGGUACUUUUGCUCCUGUGUACAACGGAGCCACCAAUUAAAAGGAGAGCUGGUUUAUGGAUUAAACAAGCAGGACGAGGUUCAUACCGGGGUAGCUAGGGGGUGAUGCAGAAGCUGUUAUUAGUUCUGAUUCUAGUUCACUAAGCAAAUUUCCCGAAAAUUGAAUGGAAACCACUUCUACAAAGCAUUUGUUGAAACGCCUUUGUGAUUAUACUCAUUGGAACUAUGCUGUGUUUUGGAAGCUUAAUCACUAUCCUCCAAUGAUGUUGACUUGGGAAGAUGGAUACUAUGGUUGCCAAAAAGCAAACGAGGCUGUGGAAAGCAUCUGCAGUGAAGUUAAUUUUGAAGCCUCAGAUUCUGUCUUCUCUACAAGUAAUGAAAUUACUGGUGAUUCUGGAGCUUAUUUAGUUCAACCACUCAUGACUCAAAUGUCUAAUCUGAAGUACAUUUUGGGAGAGGGGAUUGUUGGAGAAAUAGCUCUUAAAGGGGUUCAUUGUUGGGUUUUCUGUGAGGAUGUCUUCACAAGUAAUUUCAACAUUAACAUGAUCUCUGAGUGUCCCUACGAAUGGCUUCUUCAAUUUGCAUCUGGCAUAAAGACUAUUGUGCUUGUACCAGUUCUUCCACAUGGAGUUUUGCAAUUUGGUUCAUUUGAAGCGGUUGCUGAAGACCCAAUAUUUGUUGGCAAUGUCAAGGAGAAAUUCAAUCCUGUGUGUUAUGAGGUGUCAAAUACUACAUUUUUUAGCUCAGAUAUUGAUAUUAAAGCACCGUUAUUCUCAUCCCUAAAAGAUUGCCUUAUGAGUGACUUGGAUGAAGUAUCUCCUAUUUCAAACAAUAAACUGAAAGAUGAACCUUUUGGUAGCACAUCACUCAGUAUAGAUGGUUCAACGAUAUUAUAUCCAACAGUGCCAUUAUUUCUUCACGAGGAGUGCUGCAUGUUUGGGGAAGAUCAAUUUGAUACUGUCAAAAACGAAGACAAAAAUGAUAUCAGUUCCCUGGACAUAGGAGUUUUGAAAGAUCCAAGACCCAUAGGUCAGGUGGACAUGAAUUUGAGCCAAACGGGAGAAAAAUUACUGGCUUUUUCUCAGUGGGUCAACAAUGCGGGAUUAUUUGAUGAGAUUUCAAAUGGAACAUGCUCUUACUCUGAUAAAGAUAUGACGCAAUAUUUUGGAGGCACCAAUACCGAUCAUAAAAAUUGUCAUGAUGUGCGUGGUUUAUCUGAUGCUUCCUUGCAUUGUGACUUAUAUAAAGCACUUGGACCCACUGCUAUUGGACAGACAGCUGAAUCUCUGUGGAAAUAUUUCUCUGUUGAGGAUACAUGCAGUAGCUCAACUCUGAUGUUCGAUGGGAAAGGGCAAGAUUCUGUUAAAGAUUUACAGUUUCUCAAUGAAGGUGACUCUCUGUAUCUUUUGGAUGCUGUUGUGGGCAAUUUAGAGAAUGCCUUGGAUGAUUCUUCAUUGAGUGUAGCCAAUGAUGUUAAGCCUCCUAUAACCUUGCCAAGAGAAUGUACCACUUCCAUUCCUCCACAAAGUCAUCCAGAAGAAAGCACUUUGAUAGUGAAUCAUUCAGAUCAUGAGAAUUGUAUUGCGCCUGACUUUAUGGCUAAGUGCACGGAUGAUUUUAGUAACCUUGUUACAUCAAGAUCUUUUGAUGGCAAUUCAAGCGUUUUGAUUGAUGAGACAGUGCAGGAUAAGGGUUAUGGUCUUGUGCAGCCUAAAAGUGGACCGAAGCUUUCCAGCACUGGCAAGAAGAGAGCCAGAGUUGGGAACACCAAAAGGCCAAGACCUAGGGAUAGACAGUUGAUCAUGGACAGGAUGAAGGAAUUGAGGGACCUUGUCCCAGAUGGUGCCAGGUGUAGCAUUGACAACCUCUUGGAACGGACAAUAAAGCACAUGCUGUACUUGCAAAAUAUGACAGACCAGGCUGAAAAACUCGAACGAUGCUUGCUUCAGGAGGUUCCUGAGUCCAGUAAACGGAAAAUCAAUGGCAACCAUGCAGGAAGGAGCUAUGCAUUUGACUUUGAAAGUGAACGCCAAGUAUGCCCCAUUAUCAUUGAAGAACUUGGAUGCUCAGGGAACGUGCUUAUAGAGGUGAUAUGCAGUGAGUACGGCCUUUUCUUGGAACUUGCUAAUGUGAUCCGACGGAUGGAGCUUACCAUCUUGAAAGGUGUUUUAGAAAGCCGUUCUGAGAGCAUGUGGGCUUGUUUCAUUGUUGAGGUUCCCAGAGGUUUUUACAGAAUGGAUAUUAUGUGCCCUCUAUUGCAUAUUUUGCAGCUAAGGAAGAACAAGUCCAAUUAGAAUCUCGACACUUCCAUCCAUCAAAUCAGGGACGAUAUACAGCCUGUGUCUUGUAGCAGGUUUUUCUAGAUAUGAAGACGACGAUGGUUAAUUUAGAGCCUCUACCUAAUGAUAAUCUAGUUGCUGAAGAUGGAGAGAAACCGAAGUGCAAGAAGGUGGUUCAUUGGCUUAAAGUGCUUGUGUCUUUUGAAGCUGUGAGGAAAUGGCAAUUUUGCACAUUUACAGUGUUGAUGACAUAGGGAAGGAAGGAGAAUUCUUUGCUUAAUCACUACUAUUCUGUCUGGAGAUUCUGAUUUGAGAUAGGUGUGCUUUUAUGAAAUGAAGAGGAACUUUGGAUUUUGUGGUGGAGGAAAAUGCUGUGGCCUUUUUUCCAUCAAGCGUUAAAUUUGCAAAACAGGUUUAUUAUUGAUAUCGCGGAUCGACUUUCCUCGUGUUUUGAAAGUGUAUUAUUAACUCAAAUAAUGUUGCAGUUUGUUUAUUAUCGUUGGAUAUCAAUAACAGUGACCGUAAUCUUUAUUGUA